AUGUAUAAAUCGCGUUAUGAAUCAGCAUAUUCCUUAUUUCCUCAAUGUGAAAAAGUAAUGCAGCAAGAAAAUAGUUCUGUUAGAAAUAAGUGGAAUGAAUACUGUGACCCAAUUAAAGAACUAUAUUCAGAUAUAAUUGAUUCUAAUGAUUCAAAUAUAUGCUAUGAAUCUAUAGAAUUUUUAUUUUCAAUAUUUAUUUUGGAAGAAAAUUCAUCGUUGAAAAAUGUUGCAGUACAAUACUUGUAUUAUUGGAUAAAUCAGAAAAAACAGACUAACGGAGAGCAUAAUACAAGAAUUAAUGAAUUUUAUGAGGAAUUGAUUAGUAAAGCUAAGGAAAAUAUAUUUAAUUCACCGCCUUUAAGUAAUUACCUAGAAUAUAAUAUGGUUGAUUUAGAAAUAAUCAAUGAUUUAUAUAUUAUUAAAACAUUAAUUGAUAACAUAAUUUCUGAUAGCACAAAUUAUAAUUCCAAUAAGGAAGAGAGUGCAAAAGAAUGUGAAGAAAGAUAUAAACGUCUCCAUAAUAUAUGCACAAACAAGUAUAAGCUUGAUUUAUGUGAUGAAUUAAAAAAUAUUAGAAAAGAACUUCAUGAUCAUAAUAUUAUUAAUAAAUAUCAUAUAAGUAUACCCGAUAUGUUAUCUUAUUUCGAAAGACAGAACAUAGUAGUUACUAUUUUAAUUCCUAUUAUUAUAACAUUAUUAGCAUCAUUUGUUUUAUUUUAUAUACAUAAGUUCACACCAUAUGGCUCUAACAUUCAAUAUUCUGUAAAAAGAGUAAAAAAUAUAUUUAAAAAUACAGAUAAAGAAUUGGAUACAAAGUAUUCAUAUGAUAAGUAUGACAAUAACUCAUGGAAUAAGGGAUAUAAUGUGUUAUAUAAUUCCGCUUAG